AUGGAGACUGACGUGCCCCAGCCCGGCCUCGCCUCCCCGGACUCGCCGCACGACCCCUGCAAGAUGUUCAUCGGAGGACUCAGUUGGCAGACCACGCAGGAAGGGCUGCGCGAAUACUUCGGCCAGUUCGGGGAGGUGAAGGAGUGUCUGGUGAUGCGGGACCCCCUGACCAAAAGAUCCAGGGGUUUCGGCUUCGUCACUUUCAUGGACCAGGCAGGGGUGGAUAAAGUGCUGGCGCAGUCGCGGCACGAGCUGGACUCCAAAACAAUUGAUCCCAAGGUGGCCUUUCCUCGGCGAGCACAGCCUAAGAUGGUCACUCGAACGAAGAAGAUCUUUGUGGGGGGGCUGUCGGUGAGCACCACAGUAGAGGACGUGAAGCAGUAUUUUGAGCAGUUUGGAAAGGUGGAUGAUGCCAUGCUGAUGUUUGACAAAACCACCAACAGGCAUAGAGGGUUCGGGUUUGUCACGUUUGAGAGUGAGGACAUCGUAGAGAAAGUUUGCGAGAUCCACUUCCAUGAAAUCAACAACAAAAUGGUGGAAUGCAAGAAAGCUCAGCCAAAGGAGGUGAUGUCCCCGACAGGCUCAGCCCGGGGCAGGUCUCGGGUCAUGCCCUACGGAAUGGACGCCUUCAUGCUGGGCAUCGGCAUGCUGGGUUACCCAGGUUUCCAAGCCACGACCUACGCCAGCCGGAGUUACACAGGCCUUGCCCCUGGUUACACCUACCAGUUCCCCGAAUUCCGUGUAGAGCGGACCCCUCUCCCGAGCGCCCCAGUCCUCCCCGAGCUUACAGCUAUUCCUCUCACUGCUUAUGGUCCCAUGGCAGCGGCGGCGGCGGCGGCAGCUGUAGUCCGGGGGACAGGCUCUCACCCCUGGACGAUGGCUCCCCCUCCAGGUUCUACUCCCAGUCGCACAGGGGGCUUCCUGGGGACCACAAGCCCCGGCCCCAUGGCUGAGCUCUACGGGGCGGCCAACCAGGACUCGGGGGUCAGCAGUUACAUCAGCGCCGCCAGCCCCGCCCCCAGCACUGGUUUCGGCCACAGUCUUGGGGGUCCCUUGAUUGCCACAGCCUUCACCAAUGGGUACCACUGAAGCAGGGGAGAGGUGGCAGGAGCGCCCCAGCCUGCAGCUGACUGAGGACCAGAGUGAGCCAGCAAGGGGAAGGGGACACCUCAGCCGCAGCAGCCCAGCCCCUCCGCUGCAAUUCGGACCGCUACUGCCUGUCCCCCAGCCCCUGGGCCCAGCCCCUGCCCUGCUGUCCCCACAAGUCUGGCUCCCCUACUAACCCUCCCUUUUCUGACCUCGCCCCU